AUGCCCAGAUCUGAAUGGAGAAACGCUCGCCAAGAAGCCUACAGUCGUAGCUCCUUCUUCAGGAUGCUGACACGGCACUGUUUACUCCUGCUCCUGGCUUUACAUACGCAGCUUUUGAGCACGUGCUGUCGAUUGGCCACCGCAGAUGAAGUUUCUCUCGAAACCCAAAUAGAACCAUACACUCUCUUAUUGGGCGACCCUCUGGCUCUGAGCUGCUCCACGGAAGACCACGCUGUGAACUGGACUAAAGACCAUGUGCUGGUGGUGGACGGGGAACACACUCACCUUCGUAAUGGAGAGCUGGAGAUCGAGGCGGUGGAACUGACGGACUCUGGGCUCUACACCUGCACGACCUUUGGAAACAACAGCCUCUAUUUCAACGUCACUGUCGAUACUGUGGCUUCAUCUGAAGAUGAUGAUGAAGAUGAGGAGUCUUCAUCAGAGGAAGCAAAGUUAUUGGGAAGUCAGAAGAAGAUGCCUAUGCCUCCACAAUGGGUUCAACCUGAGAAAAUGGAGAAAAAGCUCCACGCUGUCCCAGCCAGUAAGACUGUGAAGUUUCGUUGUCAAGCGAAUGGUAACCCCACGCCAACUCUUAAAUGGUACAAAAACGGCAAGGAUUUCAAGAAAGAUCAUCGAAUCGGCGGAUUUAAGGUGCGUGACCAGGCAGGCACCAUCAUCAUGGAGUCUGCAGUGCCCUCGGACAAGGGUAACUACACCUGUGUGGUGGAGAACCAGUACGGCAGCAUCAACCACACUUACCAGCUCGAUGUAGUCGAGCGCUCUCCGCACAGGCCCAUCCUUCAAGCCGGGCUGCCUGCAAACCGCACUGUGGUGGUGGGCAGCCAUGUGGAGUUUGAGUGUAAAGUGUUCAGUGACCCUCAGCCGCACAUACAGUGGCUCAAACACAUCGAGAUCAACGGAAGCCGCGUGGGCCCCACCGGCCUCCCGUACGUCCGUGUGCUUAAGCAUUCUGGGGUCAAUAGUUCGGACGCUCAGGUGCUGACCCUCUACAAUGUGACUGAGGAGGAGGGCGGGGAAUAUACAUGUAAAGUGUCCAAUUAUAUAGGAGAAGCCAAUCAGUCGGCCUGGCUAACGGUCACCAGAUAUGAGCCGUCAGGUCUGGACUCCGCUAACCCCCCUCCUCCACUAACCAGCUGGAGGGCUCUCCCUGACAGACCCCUCUGCAGUGGGCUCUUGGUGGUGCCUUUGGGGCCGAUGACCGCUGGCCUUAACACCACGGACAAGGAAAUGGAAGUCCUCCAACUGAAAAAUGUGUCUCUUGAGGAUGCUGGGGAGUAUACCUGCUUGGCGGGCAAUUCUAUCGGGUUCUCUCAUCACUCUGCAUGGUUGACCAUUUUGGAAGCAAAGCCCUCUUACCCUCCAGCCAACCACACAUACCUGGAGGUGGUCAUCUACUGCGUGGGCUUCUUCUUCAUCGUUGUCAUGGUGGCCAUCACCGUCAUCGUCAAAAUACGCACAUCGUCCAAGAAAAGUGACUUCAACAGCCAGCAGACUGUGCAUAAGCUGGCCAAAAGCAUCCCCAUGCGCAGACAGGUCUCUGUGGACUCCAGUAACUCCAUCCACUCAGGAGCGAUGCUGGUGCGGCCCUCACGCCUCUCCUCCAGCGGCUCCCCCAUGUUAUCAGGAGUGUCUGAGUACGAGCUGCCUCAAGACCCACGCUGGGAGCUGUCCCGGGACAGGCUUGUUCUUGGAAAGCCUUUGGGAGAAGGCUGCUUCGGACAAGUGGUGAUGGGAGAAGCUCUGGGCCUCGACAAGGAGAAACCCAACCGAGUGACCAAAGUGGCUGUCAAGAUGUUGAAGGCUGAUGCCACAGAGAAGGACCUGUCAGACCUGAUUUCUGAAAUGGAGAUGAUGAAGAUAAUCGGGAAGCACAAGAAUAUAAUUAAUCUUCUUGGCGCCUGCACUCAGGAUGGGCCUUUGUAUGUGAUCGUGGAGUAUGCCUCGAAAGGGAACUUGCGUGAGUACUUGCGAGCCCGCCGACCUCCGGGCAUGGAGUACUGCUACAACCCAGACCAGGUCCCAGUGGAGAACGUGUCCAGUAAAGACCUGGUGUCCUGCGCCUACCAGGUGGCCCGAGGCAUGGAGUACCUGGCCUCUAAGAAGUGCAUCCACCGAGAUUUGGCUGCUCGUAAUGUUUUGGUAACUGAGGACAAUGUGAUGAAGAUAGCAGACUUUGGACUGGCGAGAGACAUCCACCACAUUGAUUAUUAUAAAAAGACCACAAAUGGUCGGUUACCAGUCAAGUGGAUGGCUCCAGAGGCUCUGUUUGACCGGAUAUACACGCACCAAAGUGAUGUCUGGUCGUUUGGGGUGCUUCUCUGGGAGAUCUUCACCCUGGGGGGCUCCCCGUACCCGGGGGUCCCAGUGGAGGAGUUGUUCAAGCUCCUCAAGGAGGGUCACCGCAUGGACAAACCGUCCACAUGCACUCACGAGCUGUAUCUGAUGAUGAGAGACUGCUGGCACGCUGUUCCUUCUCACAGACCCACAUUCAAACAGCUCGUGGAGGACCUGGACCGCUGCUUGGCCAUGUCCUCAAACCAGGAGUAUUUGGAGCUCUCCGUUCCCUUGGACCAAUACUCGCCCAGCUACCCCGACACGCGCAGCUCUACCUGUUCCUCCGGCGAGGACUCUGUCUUCUCCCACGAGGCCAGUGCAGAGGAGCCCUGUCUGCCAAAGUUCCCCCCUCAGUCCAACGGCGCCGCCAUCAAGAAACGCUGA